AUGUUUCUCUCCAAGCUUGCUCUUCAGAAUACUACCAAGUCGGUGGUACGGACCCAAGUCCGUCGUGCUGGCGACAAGGCCUUUCACAUCAACACAUCCUACAACAACCAGACGACACAUUUCGAUUUCACACCCGAAAACUACAAGCGUGUUAAGGCUCUGUUGCAAAAGUAUCCCGACAAUUACAAACAGGCCGCCAUGAUCCCCUUGUUGGAUUUGGCCCAGCGACAAUACGGAGGAUGGCUCCCACUGGCCGCCAUGAACAAGGUCGCUCAAGUCUGCGAAGUGGCACCCGUCCGUGUCUACGAAGUCGCCAGUUUCUACACCAUGUUUCAUCGAACACCCGUCGGAACCUACUUUUUGCAAGUCUGCGGUACCACUCCCUGCAUGAUUUGCGGAUCGGAAGAAAUCAUGGCAACCAUCCAAGACGAGUUGGGAAUCAAAAAUGGAGAAACCACUGCGGAUGGCAUGUUCUCUCUCCUCGAAGUAGAGUGCUUGGGCGCUUGUGCCAAUGCACCCAUGUUGCAAAUGAAUGAUGAUUACUACGAAUGUUUGACACCCCAAUCGGUACGGGAUCUAUUGCAGGCAUGUCGCGACAAUAAGGAUAUCUCCCAACAAGCCAUCCCCAUGGGAAAAUGGGGCAGUCUCCCCAUGAAUGGACAAGUUAGUUGCGAAGGGCCCCUUGGAAAGACUAGUUUGGAUACCAUUGAGCCACCCAAGUUUGAUCGAUCAAAGUUUGACGCCGGUGAUGUGGACCCUGCCAGUGUCAAAAAGCACAUGUCAUAUUAG